CUGUUGAAAGAGCUUCAUUGCAAAACAGUGUGUUUUAAUCAAUGAUUGGUGACUUAUGAAUAUAUUUAGUAUAGUUUUAUCUAAAAAUGAUAACUUUUUUAAUGAAAUUUCACUGAGGAGGAUGGUCCUCCCCUUCUGGGAUAUGCUUUUCAACAGUAAAAGUAAAAACAUUCGCUGGAGGACGUCUUUAAACCUGCUCCACCUCCAAAAGUGCGGAGCCUCUGCUUCAAACUUACAAGUGAAGGGAGCGACGACAGAGGAGGAGUUGAACAUGUUGAACACUGCAGCGCGGUGUGCAGAACGCCUCAGACAAAAACACUUCUGAUGGUCAAAAACCUAAAGUUAGCGUCUAACAGAAGAGACGAAGGUAUACACGGAGACACGGAGACAUUCGUUAGAGUGGUUAUUCGAGUGCGUAACGGUUAGAUAAGAUGAUGGAACUUGGGUGGAUUUGCACGUUAUUGAGCAACUUGGAGAGCACGCACCAACAAAAGAGUAACUAUAUCGUCUACAUGCCAAAGGUUUGGGAGAUAACACUGAAGAAGAACUAACUAUUUCGUUCCACAUAGACAGUUACAGAAUAAUGUCGGGUAUGAAUAACGGCACGAUGACAAGUGGGCCCCGGGAGCCUACUAUCCCGGUGAUUAUGUUUAUAUUCGGAGUGGUGGGGAACGUCAUCGCCAUCGUGGUGCUCCGAAAGUCUCGGAAGGAACAGAAGGAAACCACCUUUUACACCCUGGUGUGCGGGCUUGCAGUGACCGACCUUUUGGGCACGCUACUGGCCAGCCCCGUCACCAUCGCCACCUAUGUGCAAGGGAAGUGGCCGGGUGGAGAGUCACUGUGUCAGUACUCCGGCUUCAUCCUUCUCUUCUUCUUUCUAGUCGGCCUCAGCAUUAUCUGUGCCAUGUCAAUAGAGAGAUACUUGGCUAUAAACCAUGCGUAUUUCUACAACCAUUGCGUGGACCAAAGACUUGCGGCGUUGACGCUUGCGGGCAUCUACAUUUCUAACGUGCUGUUCUGCGCGCUGCCUGCCAUGGGGUUGGGGAAAGUGAAUAAACAGUUCCCAGGGACCUGGUGCUUCAUCGACUGGCGGACUAAUGACUCAACGCACGCCGCCUUCUCCUACAUGUACGCCGGGGUGAGCUCCUUUCUUAUCCUGGCCACGGUGAUAUGCAACGUGCUGGUAUGCGGGGCGCUGAUUAUGAUGCACAAGCGGUUCAUCCGCAGAACAUCGCUGGGUACGGACCAGGGAGGACGCAUAGCGGACCUGAGGCGCAGACGGAGCUUCCAACGGUUGGCCGGCGCAGAGAUCCAGAUGGUCAUUCUGCUCAUCGCUACCUCCGUGGUUGUUCUCAUCUGCUCCAUACCUUUGGUGCUGCGGAUUUUUGUAAACCAGCUGUCCAGGAUUGAAUUUGAUGCCCGUUCAACUCCCAUAGAGAAGAACCCAGAUCUCCACGCCAUCCGAAUUGCCUCGGUCAACCCCAUCCUCGACCCCUGGAUCUACAUCCUGCUGAGGAAGACCGUCCUACUGAAGCUGGUGGAGAAGAUCAAGUGUUUGUUCUGUCGCUUGGGCAGCCAGGGGCGGGGCUCAGGGGUCAGUGGUCAAUUCUGCUGCGGAGGUGAAGAUCAUCGGAAUUCGUCCAUCGUCUCCCUGGACUCCCCGUCACUGGUGUCCCGCGAGUUGAAGGACGUCAUCAGCACCUCGCAGACGUUUCUUUACCUUCCAGAGGGGACUAAAGGGGGGCUGGGGGGGUUUAGAGGGACAGGGGGAGAGGGAAGACCUAGCCUCCCUGCUGUGGAGCACUCCCUGCUCCGGGACCAACAGACACCAGCGGGUAAGGGGAUGCAAACCGAUCCCAAAAAGGGCCCCAGGAUAUCAAUGAGGUCAGAGGGGACAGUUGACCCUUCACGUCUGAACAGGGUGCAAUUGGACCGAAAGGACAAGACUCUGCAUGUGACAUUUACAGACGAGACACUGAACUUACAGGAGAAAUGCAUCUGAAGGACACAAACACAAACUCAGCCAGAGUGGCUGAUAAUACAGAAAUGUCACAGAGGGAAGGGAAUUUAGGACUUCUAAUAUCCUAAAAGGUUGGGACUUCUGACGGGUUGAACUGAAAUACACGUUGAUAAACUGAACUCACAGGUGAAGGAUUUCUGGGAGCUGUGCAAACACACGGUUGGUUUUACUGACAGCUGACACGAUAAGAGGAGAAAUAGUAAUCGUUCUAUUGUGUUAUUCUUCGAACUUUGAGUUCAUUUGGUGAUGCUCCAAAAUGGAAUGUCAGCCGAGCAGAAACGUGAUGUCCUGUUUAGGGUUUGGACAAAAUGGAAAUAUGGUGCCAGAGUGGAUUGUAGGAGAUUGGAUCUAUUGACAUGGGUGGAUCUAUUGACAUGGGUGGAUCUAUUGACAUGGGUGGAUCUAUUGACAUGGGUGGAUCUAUUGACAUGGGUGGAUCUAUUGACAUGGGUGGAUCUAUUGACAUGGGUGGAUCUAUUGACAUGGGUGGAUCUAUUGUAUAUGUCAGUCUUAUUACAAGAAUACCAAUAUAAUAUACCAGCACACACAUCAGUAAUGAACAUAAAAUGUCAUGAACUUUUAUAAAGACUAUAAGGAGAUUUCAUUGCACUUUUCAAGAACUCAAAAACCAUUGAAAGGCUGUCAGAAUGCUAUCAGUAUAGAAUGUUGCUUACCACUGACUACUACUACAAACGUUGUGAUAUACUGUAAAUAGUUAUUAGGCUACAAUGUGAACCGUGUCCCAUAACAUGAAUUCAUUUUUUUAUGAAAAAAUAAAUGUUUCUUCUCUGUGAGAAGGUCAAGUUA